UCUUUAGCAGACCACAGAGAAGCUGCCAGGCCAGCAGGUAUGAGGAUGUAAGAAGCUGCCAGGCCAGCACUGUGAGGAUGUAAGAAAGCAGCUGAUUAACAGCACAAAGUGCCACAGUGGUUGAAAGUUUUUGGAAGUUUCUUGUUUUCUGUUUGAGGUAAAAAAACCAAACAAACCCAAAAAUCAGACAAGAUUAAAGAGUUCACCGAAAUGUGAGAAUGGCCAAUUCUUUAAGAGGUGAAGUGGUGAGACUGUACAAAAAUCUGCUGUACCUUGGAAGGGAGUAUCCCAAAGGAGCAGACUACUUUAGAAGCCGUUUGAAAGCAGCUUUCCUAAAACACAAGGAUGAGAAAGACCCUGAGAAAAUUAAGCAACUGAUUGCACGGGGUGAAUUUGUUAUAAAGGAGCUGGAGGCUUUGUACUUCCUGAGGAAAUACCGAGCCAUGAAACAGCGCUACUACAGCGAUGACAACCAGUGACUGUGCAUGCAACCAACACAUCCACGAAAACUGACAAUAAAGGAGAUGUAACCUCAAAAGAAAUGAAAUGUAAAUCCUUCCAACCCCUCUAAGGUACAAAUUAGGACUUUGCUUCCCCUCCAGCAGCCGCUUGGGUUGUGUUUUCACUAAAACUUCAGGUGUGAAACGACUUUGCAGGAAGGAGUGGUUGCACAGCUCUCUUCUGUUUCACUUCAAAAUAUAUCUGUAACAGAAGCUCUUCUUACCCCAUAAUUGUGUUUGAAUGUCAAUUCAAAGUGCUAAUGCUUGUUACUUGGAAGCUUAACCUGAAAGUGCUCUGCAUUAAAUGAUUGAUUUCCACUCACCUUCUCCAAAGUAAAGUUCUCCACUCAGCCCUGGUGAGGCCA